AUGAGCGUGCUGAACGACUGCCUCCGCAGCAUCUUCAAUGCGGAGAAGCGCGGCAAGCGCCAGGUGCUCGUCCGUCCCGUGUCCAAGGUGAUCGUCAAGUUCCUGCAGCAGAUGAUGAAGCACGGCUACAUCGGCGAGUUUGAGAUUGUGGACGACCACCGGUCGGGCAAGAUCGUGGUCGAGCUGAUCGGGCGCAUCAACAAGUGCGGCGUCAUCUCGCCGCGCUUCGACGUCUGCCACAACGAGAUUGAGCAGUGGGUUGUCAACCUGCUGCCUGCGCGCCAGUUCGGUCACAUCAUCCUGUCGACGUCGCUCG